AUGAUAGUAAAACGUCGCCUUUUUUUAUCAUACAUGGCCUUUGGCGUCAUCAUCAUCUUUCUACUCUAUCAACUCAACUCUUACUACAAUGAUCGUUUUGACGAAAUAGAAACAGACUCCACGGACUUUAGCAUCGGUGUACAACCACCAGACCCAUUCCCCCAGGGCAAACCAGACUUUCGCGGAAAGCGCAGGGAAGAGCAGAAACGUCAAGAGGAAGAGGAGAAACGCGAGCGCGAGCGCAAAGCCAACCUCAAGAAACUGGCCGAGGAAGAGCAUAAGAAGAAAGAGAGUGCAGAAUUGGCAGUCAAAAAGAAACAGGAAUCGGAAAGCACAAAAGAAAAAAAAAAGAGUAGUUGA